CGCGGGGCGGAGGGUUCAGGCGGAGUUUUCACCCGCUGACCGGUGAGAGGCGGCGGGCAGAAGUUUGAAGCCGAGGCGGUGAGUGGAAGAAGAUGCAGAGCUCCAAACAUUUUCGUUUGGAUGAUUUCAUCGCGGGAUGGAUUGGCGGAGCAUCCAGUGUGGUUGUAGGACAUCCGCUGGACACGGUGAAGACGCGGCUCCAGGCAGGAAGAGGCUACAAGAACACGCUUCACUGCAUUCUCACCAUCUACAGGAAAGAAACGGCCAUGGGGUUCUUUAAGGGCAUGUCUUUCCCGCUCGCCAGCAUCACGGUGUACAACUCUGUUGUGUUUGGCUUCUUCAGCAACAUUCAAAGAGCAUUAAACAAAUAUCGCCAUGGCGACGAGCGGCACCGCUGCAGCAUGUUGGACCUGACGUUGGCCAGCAUGCUGACCGGACUGGUGUCGGUGGGCCUGGGAGCGCCGGUGGAUCUGGUCAAGAUCAGACUGCAAAUGCAGACGCAGAUGGUUCUGGCAGAGAACCUACAUCUUGCUGGUAACCUUUCCAGCGGCACCAACAUUCCCCUGCGCUCCAUCGACAUCCCCAGCCAGCGGCUCUACCGAGGACCCGUCCACUGCAUCAGCAGCAUCCUGCAGACCGAGGGCCUCCAGGGACUGUACAGAGGGGCCGGGGCCAUGGUCCUGAGGGACGUCCCUGGAUACACCCUCUACUUUAUCCCUUACGCCAUCUUCUGUGACCUCUUGACCCCUGACACCUCAUCCAACCCUCAUCCCUGCUCCAUCUGGCUCGCCGGAGGUUUGGCAGGGUCUAUUUCCUGGGUCACGGCCACGCCGGCGGAUGUGGUGAAGAGUCGAAUGCAGGCCGACGCUCAGCUUCAGAGGAAGUACAAGGGAAUUUUACACUGCGUCCUCCACAGCUACAAAACGGAGGGAGCGCAGGUUUUUUUCCGGGGAGUGUCGGUGAACGCCAUCCGAGGCUUCCCCAUGAGCUCCACCAUGUUCCUGACCUACGAACUUUCCCUUCAGUUCUUCAAGAGCCUUUAGGAUGGCAGCGAUGAAGAAAUCACCCUCUUCUUUUCAGUGAACGCGCAAC